AUGCGAUCAAGAGAACGUCUGCUGUCGUUUUUUUGCGUUAUCGCGCUCACAACUCAUGUACACUCUGCGAUAGAGUGUAAAAUCGACCCUCAACAGAACGCGAAAAAUGCAGAAAAAGAUAAGUUUCUUGAUGUUCACAACCAAUUGAGGCAGAGUAUUGUAGAAGGCGCACCAUUUCAAAGCUUGGGAACUGUGCCUACAGGAUCGAAGAUGUACUCUUUGUCAUAUAGCUGCCGGAUGGAAUACGAUCUUCAAGCUGAACUGGACAAAUGCACUGGAAAAAUCACUAAUUUCAAAGGAUUUGCUCAAAAUUUAGCUAUAGUCUACAGCGGAGGAGGGAACAUCGAUCCAACACAAAAAAUUGAUGAAGCUUUGAAUUCGUGGAUAAACGCCGGUCGCAUAUAUGGGAUACAAAAUUCGGAAAACGUUUACAGUGACCCUCGGAUGUAUACAUUUGCUAACAUGGCAUACGCAAAAACUUUGAGGAUUGGAUGCGCAUACGCGAAAUGUGCCAACGAUAUGGAAGCUCACAUAUCAUGCGUAUAUAACCUCGUAGGCGCCUAUGGAAACAACACCAUCUACGAAAAGGGAUCGAAGUGCACGAACGACAAGGACUGCACAACUUAUCCAGGCUCAACCUGCAAGAAACAGACUGGGCUGUGUAUGUAUAAAGGAACGCCACCGGCUCCAGGCGGUGGAACUAACACAAUGUGUCAAGGCAAUAAAGGUAUGACCGAUGAAGGAAGAAAGAAAAUUCUAGAAGCUCACAAUACUCGAAGAAGUCUUCUUGCAAGGGGUUUGGUACAAAAUGGCAAGAGUACAAGUAAAUUGCCUACAUCAUUGUUUAUGCCAAAGAUGAUUUAUAACUGCGAGACCGAGGCUUCGGCGAUCGAAUACGCGAACGGUUGCUCAUUCAAGAAAUCGGACGAGAACACUCGACCAGGGUACGGAGAAAACGUAUACGUCUACCCAAUGCCGAACGCAGAUCCAGUACCUGCUUUUGAAGAAGCAGCCACGAGCUGGUGGGAUCAGAUCACCAAAGAAACAAUUGAUCGGCAAGUGACCUACACUUUAAAUCUGAAGAACAAAGAAAUCGAUCAAUCAGCUUUUACUCAGAUGGCAUGGGCAAGUAGUGUGAGGCUCGGUUGUGCGAUACAGACAUGCCACGAUAAAUCCUUCAUCGUGUGUCGAUAUAGUCCAGCAGGAAAUCUUCUCAAGGAGCAGAUAUAUAAGCCAGGAGCAGUAUGCAGAGGAUGCCAAGCAGCCUGUAAAACAUCUGACGGACUGUGUGAUAUUUUCUGA